UAAUGUACUUGGAAGAAUUGCCACUCGAGCUUCUCCUUCGUAUUUUUGAUUACUUGCCUCCCAAUGAUCUUUGGUGUAACUUCAGAGCAGUUAAUCAAAGAUUGAACCUACUAAUUCGAGAGCAAUCAUACUGGUUGAAACGUGCCAAUUAUCUACAUAGUCUUGUUCUUCCUAAAAGAUUGACAGGUUCUCUCCCAGCAACUGAUAAUGAUCGUUCUGGAUUCUUUUUGUCGCCUAUCUAUCGAUGUAUUGCCACAGAGCAGACUGCGAUUCGUUGGUCUGAUAGUCUUAAAAAUUUUGCUAACACAGUAUCAACAGUUGAUGCUCAUUAUGGGAUAAUUCAUGCUAUUCGCCUCUUUACCAUAAAUGGAAAAUAUUUUUGCCUGACUGGAGCUCGUGAUCGACAAAUUAUACUUUGGGAUUUGGAAUCAACUAUUUAUGUAUAUAAUGAAUAUCUUUAUUUGUAUAUUUUUAUUAAGAAUAAUUGGACUGCUGAGAAAGCACACGAUGGUUGGAUUUGGUCAAUAUCCUGUUCAAAAUAUAAUGUCAACUCUUUUUUCUCAGCCGGGUGGGAUUCGAUAGUUAAAAAAUGGCAGAUUGCAGAAGCAUCUAUUCUCCCAACUCAAAAAAUAUCAGUUGAUACGGCAGCACUUUCGUGCGUUUCAGAAAAUGAAAAUAUACUUUAUGUAUCAACUUUUCGAAGUGGGACAUUACUCUAUGAUACUCGAACACCAUGUACAUCUCCACUAGCUUCAAAUAACUGUCAUGGCCAAAGGCCAGUCUUUGAACUUACGUCUAUGGUUAUUUUCAACUUUUUUUUAAAUAAAAAAGAAUUGUGUUUUGCAGGACGAUUGCAAUCAAAUAUUUUCAAUUGGUGA